UACUACAAGCUUCCAAUCUUCGACUUUAUUCUGUUAUACAAUCUGCUUUCUGCCUUUCUCCUCCCUUCUCACUCUCUCUAUUCACGGAAGUCUUCGAGCAUGGUAAUAACGAUCUCUCUCCCGCGUUAUGGACAUUAAUCGGUGAAAGCAGUGGAUACCACAGCACAAAAUUUCAUAUUGGGUAAGAAAGAGCCUCAUUUUUUUUUCAGAAUGGGAAAUGGGCUAUUAGCGAAAAAUCAGUAAAGACCGCAGCACAAAAGAAAUCUAUCUCCAGCAAAAUUUUCGAAUCUCACGGCGUUUUCUCGCAAUGAUGUCUUCUCUCUUCAUUGGUAAAGCUCUCCGCCGCUGAUGCUGAUGAUCUCUGGUACCUGAGUCAUCAUCUCUAUUAAUUUUUCUCAAUUUUUUGCUGUCUUUCAUGAGAAGUCUUCCUGUGCAACUUCUUUUCAGAUGGAAAAGGCGAUAAUCCUUAGCUGUGAAUCCUAUUUUCCAUGCCAUGACCAGGAAUUAUUAUGGGGAUGCCACUUUAUUAAAAUAAAUUACUCCUGCUUGCCACUGCAAUUACCUGCAUCACAUAUAAUAAGUGCUUAACUCGUGGAAAUGGACAACAGACCAUCUUCAAGAUGCUUUCAGUGUCAAUAGCUUCAUCACUGUCUUGACAGGGGAUUUUUAAUAAUCUUUUUUGUGCCACAAGUCUUCAGGGAAAAUGCCUCGAAAAGUAAAUUAUGGCCUUGAUUAUGAUGAAGACUAUGACAUGUAUGAUGAUUAUGAUUAUGACUAUGAUCACGAUUCAGAUGUAGAAAGAGAUGGAGGAAUGCUUGAGGUAAGGCAGGCAAUUGCCAAGCCUGGUAUUUGGCGUUGCUCCAUUUGCACAUAUGAUAAUGAUGAAAGUAUGCCUGUCUGUGACAUUUGUGGGGUUUUUCGGAAUCCACCAGUUAAUGUUAGCAGCACUGGCAGUAAGAAAACAGUUGAUGACAUGUGCAAAGAUUCUGGAGCAUCCAUAAUGGCCAAGUCUCUUUUUGCAUCAUUGCCUCGUCGGACGCCCAAAAUGGCCAUUAUCUUUCAGCAAGAAAGUGAUGAUUUUGUGAGGAAAGAGGCCAAUAACUUCCACAGGACUGGAAAUAUCCAAUGCCAUUUUUCUGAUUUCCAUAAAGCAUUUAAGUCUCCUUAUUGCAAUUACCAUAUCAACAUAGACCCAUUCAAGUUUGAUAGACCCUCUCCAGAUGAUUUGGUUUCUGAAGGGAAGAAUUCUUCCAGGAAGGUUUCAAAAGGAGUUCCAUCAAAUGCAAAUGAGAAGGUUGGAACAGUUAAACUGCCACAUGCUAAAAAGUCAGAGUGCUCACUGGUUUCAUUGCCAAAAGGGCUUCUGUCAACUACAAAUGAAAAUGUUGGGACAUAUAAGAUGCCAAAUGUUAAAAGUAUAGAGGGCUCAUCUGUUUCAUUACCAAAAGGCAGUCAAUUUCAUGCUGAUGAAAGCAUUUGUUCUUCUGUCAAUGAGGAGAAGCCACAAAGCCUAGCUAGUAGUUUCACCGAUGUAACUUUGAGUGAGAAGUCUGGAUCCUCGAAAACUGUAAAUAGUAAAAGAGCUACUUCACAUGCUGAAUAUAAGCCAGAGAAAUGGAUGCUUCCUGAACAAAAUGAAGGAAUACUGACUCAGCUAAAUCUUGCUAUUGUUGGCCAUGUUGAUUCUGGAAAAUCAACACUAUCAGGGAGGCUGCUUCACCUUUUGGGACGGAUAUCCCAGAAAGAAAUGCAUAAAUUUGAGAAAGAGGCAAAGCUAAAGGGGAAGGGGUCAUUUGCUUAUGCUUGGGCAUUGGAUGAAAGUGCUGAAGAAAGGGAGAGGGGCAUCACCAUGACAGUUGCUGUUGCCUAUUUUGACUCCAAGAAAUACCAUGUUGUUGUGCUUGACUCCCCAGGACAUAAAGAUUUUGUCCCAAACAUGAUUUCUGGUGCUACACAAGCUGAUGCUGCAAUUCUUGUGAUAGAUGCCUCAGUUGGAUCAUUUGAAACAGGAAUGGACAGUAAUGGUGGACAAACAAGGGAACAUGCACAACUUAUUAGAAGCUUUGGUGUUGACGAAAUUAUAGUUGGUAUUAAUAAAAUGGAUGCUGUGAGCUACUCCAAGGAACGGUUUGACACAAUAAAAAUGCAGCUUGGAACAUUUCUUCGAUCCUGUGGUUUCAAGGAUUCUUUUGUGUCGUGGAUCCCCUUGAGUGCAAUGGAAAAUCAGAAUUUGGUGAAAGCAGCAUCUGAUAUCCGGUUAUCCUCUUGGUAUCAGGGAUCACAUCUGUUGGAUGCAAUAGAUUCUCUCCACCCUCCCAUUAGGGAUACUGUGAAGCCACUACGUAUGCCUAUAUGUGAUGUCAUAAGAUCACACUUGCAAGGACAGGUAGCAGCCAGUGGUAAAUUGGAGUCUGGAGCUAUUCGAAGUGGUUCAAAGGUUCUAGUGAUGCCUUCAGGAGAUGUAGCAACAGUUCGUUCCCUAGAACGAGAUUCUCAGUGUUGCACCAUAGCAAGAGCUGGAGACAAUGUGGCUGUCAGUCUUCAAGGUAUUGAUGGAGGCCGUGUAAUGGCUGGUGGAGUUCUAUGCCACCCAGAUUUCCCUGUGGCAGUUGCAACCCGUUUAGAGCUGAAGGUUCUUGUCUUGGAUAUUGUAAUGCCAAUCCUAGUUGGCUCUCAGAUAGAAUUUCAUAUAUACCAUGCAAAAGAGGCUGCAAGAGUGGUGAGGAUAAUAUCUUUGAUUGAUCAGAAGACGGGCAAAGUGACAAAAAAGGCACCUCGCUGUCUUACAUCUAAGCAGAGUGCAGUGAUAGAGGUGGUACUGGAUGGAGCUGUUUGUGUAGAAGAAUUCUCUAAAUGUCGAGCUCUUGGGCGGGUUUUCCUACGAUCAUCAGGAAGAACUAUUGCUGUUGGGAUUGUAAGUCGAAUAAUUGAGCAGUAGUAUUGGUUCUUGGUGGAAUUCCCAAGUUUCUUAAUCCCACCUUUAGAUAAAGGAGCCAGAAUAGUUCAAGCAGAACAUUUCUGCAAAAAUGACUCGUGGUCUCUGUUAACUGCCUGUGGUGACCAGGAUGUGGAAUCCUUUAGGUACUUCUUAUGUAACUUUUGCAAGUAGGUUCUUAAUCGUGUUAUGUAACUUGUAUCAAUUUUUCCAAGUACAAAAGCGAGAAAGCAUGUUUUCUGGGUAUAAUGUGAUCGGCUGCAAAAAUCCAGUUCAGAUUUAUCACUCA